AUGGGCUUCGAUAACCUCAUGUGGCACCUCGACGAGGGUGUCACCGACCUGUUCGGCCAGUGGAAUGUCUACUCGAGCGUGCUGGCGACGCUGCUGAUCGGCAUCGUCAGCGUCUUUCUGUACGUGCGCCGCGAUCCCGACACCCACCCGCUGCUGCUAGCGCGCCAGGCCCAGGGCUCGCCGGUGCGCCAGGAAGGCGAGUCGCCCGUGUACCGGUCGCGCAGCUCGCCGCACUCGGUCCCGCUCCAGUCGGGCCUGGACGUGCGUGAUCCGGGCGUGUCCAAGUGGGCGCGCGGCCGUGACGGCGACCUGCGGGACAUCUGGCGACAGGCCAUUGCGGGUGGGAGCACCAACAAGAACAGCCGUGGACGUGUUCUGGCCGUCUACGGCACCGAGACCGUGCAAGAGACUAGUCUAGACGACAUGACCCGACAGAUUAGCCUCAUCGGCCAGCACAUGCUCGACCAGGGCGGCAACCGCGUGGCCAUCUACCUACCCAACUCGGUCGAGCUCCUGGCUGGCCUCUUCGCCUGCAGCUUCUACAACAUGACUGCCAUCCUGCUGCCCUUUGACCAGACCGACGAAGCGCUCGUUUCCAUGCUGCGCCGCUCGGCUGCCGACACCGUCAUCACCGCUCCCGGCUGCUUCCCCUUUGCCAACGUGGCCAAGAGCUACCCGGCCCUGCGCCAGCUGAUCUGGGUCGUCGACGAGGGCAGCAAGCACCUGGACUGGAACGAGGUGCCCGAGGGCGUUGGCGGCCGCGUCAACGUGUCCACCUGGCAGGACGUCGUCGGCGAUGCCGCCCCUUCCGCCGGCCUCAGCCUGCCGCCUUUGGAGGAACAGUCAGCAGCACGUGACAUUUCUAUUUUCUGGGAGCAUGAGAAAGACAGCAUGACGACCACGACGACCACGACGACCAAGACCACCACCCUCCCCUCGGACAUGGUCCGCUUCACGAGUGCAAACCUCUGUGCUGCCGUGGCCGCCCAGCUGUCGGCCCUUCCCGGCACGCAGCGCUUGGGCCCGUCGGAUCUGCUGCUUGUCGCCGACUCGCUGACGCACACCCACACGCUCGUCCUGGUCCUGGCUGCCCUGCAUGCCGGCGCGUCUGUGGCGCUCAGCAGCUCGGCCCCGGCUGCUCUGGACCUGACGGCCGCCACGCGCGGCAUCGCGCCCACCGUCGUCGUCGCUGGUCCGGCCGCCCUGCUGCGCACACACGCCGACACCGUCGCCCGCCUCGCUGCCGUCCCGCUUGCCUCGCUUCUGCUCCGUUGGGAAACUCGCUCGCUCUCCGAUGGUGGCGUCUUUUCCGAAGUCGUUUCGCUCGCUAGCCGCCUCCUCGAUCGCGCUCGUCCUGCCAUUGGGACUGCUCCCGGCAAGCUUCGCCUCGUCUACACGGCCGAGCGCGCUGCUGCCGGCACCCCCCCUCUCUCGUCUACUGUGCUCUCUGACCUCCGAGUCUUCACUGGGGCUCGCGUUCUCUACGGUCUCGCCGCUGCCAAGGUCGCCGGCGUCGCCGCCCAAACCGCCUUCUACGAUUACCGCGUCGUCGCCGGCGGGCCCUACGCUCCCUUCGGACCCCCCCUCACCAGCACCGAGUACCUCCUCAAAGACACCGACACCUGCAAAGUCGCCAACCACAAGCUCCAGGGCGAGAUCGUUAUCCGCGGCCCCUCGGUGGCUAACAACGAGGCUGGACUCGGCGUCAUCGGCGUCAUCCGGGACGACAACACCCUGGCCUACGCUUAG